AUGGCAAUGGUGUUUAGAGGAGUCGGGCGAGUUCACGCUUUGGAUCGGCUACCGACAUUGGAGAAUCUCGCUAGAAGGAAUAUACAGGUGGGAUCUUUGAUGUGUAAAUUCUGCGGAGAAAUGCAAGAGACAUCGGAGCAUCUUUUUAUCUCCUGCGGAUUGUCACAAUCGGUUUGGGAAUUCGUGCGAACAUGGUGCCAGUUGCAUAGGUUUGUGUUAUUCGACGUUAAAGAUGCUUUACAAUAUCAUAAGGAUGCUAGAGGAUCAAAAAGAUGGAAGACGGCGAUCUACACGGUCAUUCAAACCACACUUUGGUGCAUAUGGAGGGCACGGAACGAGGCAAUUUUUAACGGUAAACAACCAAUGGCGAGGAACAUCAAGGAGGAGAUUAAAGUAUUGGGGUUUUUAUGGUUAAAGAAUCGAGCAAAGGAGUCAAAUCUUACGUGGGAAAAAUGGUGCAAUUUCGAUUUAAGGUAUAUGGGCAUCUGA